UAGAACCUCUCCCCACCCCUAGCUGCUGGUGAGACAGAAGAAUCGAGGCCUUUCUGUGGACAGUUCAAGAGACCAAGAAACACAGAAGCAGAGGAAGAGAGAUCUAAAGGCCAAGGGGCAGCGCCUGGACCCCAGAGAGACCUAUGGACUUCUAAGUGGCCGUAGGCAUGCCUGGAGAGAGGGGCUGAGGCAGUUGGCUGGCUGCUGAGUGCAUCUGGGGACUGACCAUCCCCUGUAUCUCCAUAUGUCCCAGACACCCCAACCCAGCCAUGAGCAUGCCCAGCCUGGUUUCCUUCCAGCAGCUCCCAAGAACACUCAAGACCAGGUCCAAGACCCUUUGUCAGUUACCAACAGGACCCAAGAUCCUCCACCCAUUAACUACAGUAGCCAGGUGAAUUUCCAAGACCCUCCACCAGCCAACGAACACCAGAUCAGUGCCCAGGAUGCACCGCCCAGCUCCCGCAGUCACCGGGUCAGUUUCCAAGGCCCCCUACACACCAACAACCACAGGGUCAGUACCCAGGACACACAGCCCAGCUUCCACAGUCGCCGGGUUAGUUUCCAAGACCCCCUACACGCCAACAACCAUGGGGUCAGUACCCAGGACACACCGCCCGGCUCCCACAGUCACCGGGUCAGUUUCCAAGGCCCCCUACGCGGGAACGACCGCAGGGUCAGUACCCAAGACAUACUGCCCGGCUCUCACAGUCGCCGGGUCAGUUUCCAAUCCUCCCUCGCCACUAUCCACGGUCAUCAAUUCGGUACCCCAGGCCCUCCGCCAGCCACUGACCGCCGGCUCAGUGCGCAGGACACACAGCCCAGCACCCAGAGCCGUCGGGUCAGUUUCCAAACUUACCAGCCCAUUACCCACAGUCAUCGAGUCAGCAUCCCAGGCCCUCUGCUGGUCAACAGUCACCAGGUCAGCGCCGAGGACACAAGAUCUGUCACCCAGAGUCCUCGGGGCAGUAUCCAAGGGUCUGCGUCCAUUACCCAGAGCCCUUGGGUCAGCAUCCAAGGCCCCUCGCCAGCUAGCAGUUACCACAUCAGUAUCCAAAAUACUCCGCCAACUAAAGGUCGCAAAUUCAGCUCUGAGGACAUGCUGUCCCCUAUCCAAAGUUGUCAGGUCAGUUUCCAAGACAUAUCUUCAGUUAUCGACGGUCUCCAGUCCAGUUCCCAGAAGGUCUCGCCGAUUUUCCAAGCUCGCCUUCUCUCCCUCACCGACACAGAGUCAACUGCCCACAGCAGUGAAGUCAGCACCAAAGGCCAACAGCCGACACCUCGGGGCUCCCAUUCAAGCCUCCCACACACUGUAUCCCCGCUCCAGUCCACAGCCAGAGUCUCUGCCCUGUUAACUCUGAGGCCCAGUACCAAAAGCGACGAAACAUUGAUCAGCACUUCCCAGAAGGUUUCCAAAGCCUCUGUGGGCAUUUCCCAGCUUGACCAGAGUGAUCCAGACAGCACCCACAGCUUACCACCCGUCAUCAGCAGAGAGGGCGCUCCGUUCAGGUCUUGGUACGAGAGUAGACGCCAUUCUCAGCUGUCCAUAGGCUGGCGGUUGCUACACGAGGCCAAGAAGAUCAGCCACAAGAUCAGCCUGGCACUGGGCCUGGCUGGCAUAGUGGUCAUUGGCCUCAUCUGUCUGGGCCAGCCCUGGCUCCAUUUCCAGGUGCCACUGAGGCCUCCUGGCCACGCUGCUGGUCCCCUGACCUUCCACAUCACCACUAUGUUCUAUGUGCGGUGUCCCGACGUCUCCUGUAUGCAUGAAUUCGACAAAAAUGCUUACUUGCUGGACUUUGCCUGGGCCUUCUUCCUCAUUGCCAGCAUCUCCAGCUUAUGCCUCUGCAGCCUGCUCCUACACAUCAUGUUCUUCACCAGCUCCAACCUGCCCGUGCUGGACUUCUCCAACACCAUCUUCAGCUUCUUGGCAGGCUCAGCAGUUCCUGCAGGAGGGCAUGACCUACAAGCUGGGGAACAGCUUCUACCUCACAUGGAUUGGCAUCUUCUUCUUCCUGAUGACUGGUAUCCUUUCCUACUUGAACUACACAAACUUCUGGUCUGUCCUGGCACUCCCCGGACUCGUCUGGACUUGAGAACAACGCAGUCUCUGGCCUGCUCCCGCAGCUCUGUGCCCAGCGCCUGACAAGCCCCCACGGGCACCAAGAACAUGGUCCUUUUUUAGUCCCUCUGAAUCCCCCUAGCCCAGAUGAAUAAUCUGUAUUUGUAAAUAAUCUGCAUUUUUUUCUCCCAGAAUAUUCUUUUAGCUCAGGGCCUUGUAUAAGUGUUCAAUGAAACCGGCAU